AUGGAGGCCGCGAACAAAACUGAUGGCGAAACAACCACGACCCACGCGAAUUCACAGGGGCCGUCAGGGAGCAAGAGCCGCAAGAGGAGCAAGUCGCGUGAUGGCAAGUCUCGACGAGCAUCGAGCACCGACGACGGUCUUGUAAACAAUCAAGAUACGCAAAGCUCCAAUGAUACGCGGAAGAAGUCACGGAAAAGCAUUGACAAAGGUGUGCAAGAAGUUGGAAAGCCCCCAGAAGCAACCGCUGUUGCCCCAGCGGCGCUGCCUCCAUCCUCCACACUUACUGAGCAGCAGGCGCAGAAAUCUGCUGCUGCCGACCAUCCUACGCCAGCGCGAGGAGGCCCUUCUGCGGCACAAUAUGGCGGUGCUGCACCGGUCGUCAACGAAAGAAAACCAGGCAGAGCCUGCCUGGGGGCGGCGGUGACCGUGGCCGUUAUAUUUCUGGGCCUCGUCGCAGCAUUGGUGGGAAUCGUGAUCAGUGCCCCACCACAAGACGUCGCAGUCGUCUGCCGACCGCUCGACAAGCCGCUGCCAGAGGGCACCGUCAUGGUGGCGAGCAAGAAAGGCCGUCUGCUCGGCCGCAUCGUGAGCGCAAACGGCGUGUUGCUGUACCGUUUCCUCGGCGUCCCGUUCGCUCAGAGCACGUCGGGCGUUCGGCGCUUCUUGGUGCCGCUUCCCAUGGGCGCUCAUCAAGACCCUUGCAAGGUGCGGGAGUGUCUUGAGCCACGGCCGCCGUGCUCCCAGUGGCACAAUGGCAGCGUGCUCGGCUCCGAGGACUGUCUGCACGUGAACGUGUGGAUGCCCGCAUCCGCAAGUAACGACAGUGGUCGACGCAGAGCCGUGGUGGUGGCUGUUUCGGGAAGCUGGUUCGAGACAGGCUCCAACGACCAUCCCGACUGGCCAAUGCUGGCCGCGAAGGGAGACGUGGUCGUGAUGGCGCCCAACCAUCGGCACGGCAUGCUGGGUUUCCUGCACCCGCCUCCGGUGCCCGGCAUGGUUCAAGACCCCGCCGUUGACGACGUCGUUGCUGCCGUACUGUGGGCGCGCGACAAUGCCGAUACCUUCGGCGCCGAUCCGAAGCAGCUGGUGCUCGUAGGACGCGGGUCGGGUGCCUACCUGCUGUCCAUGGCUUCCAAUAGCUUGCCUAACGACACGGCGUCGCGGGCAUUCUACCAUGGCAUUGUCUACGGAUCACUGCUCCCACUCGAUCCGGCAGACAGGAAAGAGCCGUAUCAUAGCCUGGCGUCGGCUCUGCAAUGCAACGUAACCGCGGACGAAGGGGCGAAUGCGUCGACGUGGCUGCCUUGCUUCCGCGCCGCGUCUGCCGACGACAUGGUGCGCGCGGCGCGGGAAUUUUCCGAUUUCCCGCUGCGAUUCGCACCCCGCGUAGACAUCAGCUCACUGCAGGCGACCCCUGCCGGCCGCACGCACACAGUCAUCGCGGGAUCCGACACGGCCGAAGCCCGGGAUCUCUUCAUGCAGCGAAUUUUACCACUCGCAAAGCGCCAUGGCAACGCUUCAACAACGGAGGCGCUUGUAGACUACACGCUGAACGUGUUCAACAUACCCUCCUUUGUGAAGUCCUUCCUCCGGGGGCGACUCAACGUCAACAGCGUGGAAGAUUUGGCGCGCAAAUUUCCGCUGGUUGUCUCCACGUGUGCGACACUUCGAGUUGCCACAGCCGCCGUCGAGGGCUACCACUACCUCAUCGAUUCGAACGUCUCCAGCGGGUCUUUACAGCCACCGUUGGGUAUCCAGCAGGUGGCUCAGUUUGCGAGCAACGGGUAA